AUGCGGGUUCCGGGAGAGAAAGGGCGUGCCCGGGACACAGGUGCCCGAGACACAGGGACAGCGGAGACUCUGCCUGGUGCUGCCCCUUGGUUGAACAGCUCCGUAUCUAUUGUCCAGCCAGCUGAGCCCGUCCUGGCCAUGGUGGGAGAAGACACCGAGUCAGGCUGCCACCUGUCCCCAGAGAAAAGUGCCGAGGACAUGGGGGUGCGCUGGUUCCGGUCCCGGUUCUCGCCCGCCGUGCUGCUGGACCAGGGCCAGCGCGAGAGGACAGAGGAGCAGAUGCGGCCGUACCGAGGACGGACAACAUUCGUGAGCAAAGACAUUCGCAAGGGGAGGGUGGCCCUGGUCAUUCACAACGUCACAGCCCGUGACCACGGCACCUACCGCUGUUACUUCCAACAAGGCAGGUCCUACGACGAGGCCAUCGUGCACCUGGUGGUGGCAGGUAUAGGGUCCAAGCCCCUCAUUGAGAUGAAGGGCCAGGAGGAUUGGGGUGUCUGGCUGGAGUGCACCUCCACAGGGUGGUACCCAGAGCCCCGAGCAGUGUGGAGGGACCCCUAUGGUGAGCUCAUGCCAACCCUGGAGGAGGCUAUACAGAGGACACACACGGCCUCAUAA